AUGGUGCAAGUAUUUCCCGGAAGCAAUGUGCCACCACCAAUCGAUUGUGAUGUUUUACGUGACAAAAACCAAUCAGAACAGAUGAAGCAGUUGCUUAAUUUCAACCAGUUACAGCUAAUACAUUCAAUGUAUUUUGUACCCCAAGAUGUCAAACCUGAAUCAUUAAAAAAUGGCGAUAGAUCCGUAUGUAAUGGAAAUGAUGCUUCCCGUAUAUUUUACAAACUUCAAGAAUACAUGUGGAAACAUAGAUCUGACAUGUUCAGCUUUAGUUACAGAUUGCCCUUUAUGCUGAUGUGCAUUUUCAAAUAUACCAGAUACAGCAAGUUUACCAAAAAGUUAGUGCCAUACACAGUGAUGUCUUUACAGCUAGAUCCUCCAACAAUAUUCUGGAUAAUGUCUUCUGUCAAAAGUAUCAUUGCGUCCGGGCAAAUUGCAACUGAAUUCAAAGAUGCUAUAUUUGGAUUAUGCUUUGCUAGAAGAUUGAUAUUAAAGAGCGCUCAUAAUUCUAUCUUCGAACCAACGUUUGAGACCUUAAGAAAAGGUGAAUUAAAUCAAAAAAAUGGGGAUAUAUUCGUGGAAGACUUGACACUUAACAUACGCGUAUCUACAUGUCUAGAUAAAGUUACUCAUCAAGGUGUAAAUUUUUUUAAGGAGCCUAUAGUAGAUGACAUUACAAUUCUCAGUACCUUUGAUAUUUAUUCUAGAAAUGUUGACUAUGGAAGUAUUGCUCAAAGUUAUAGAAAAGUUUGGCAAAGGAAAAAAGAGGAGCAAAAGUUACAAGUGAUCGAACAAUCAAUGAAAUAA